UGGGCCGUGUGGGAUCCAGCUCCUUAACCUCCAGGCCACCUGCUGGCCCUUGUUCAUGAUAUUUUUUAAGGCCAAGUAUAUCUCAUUUCAAGUAUAUACAGGAGUUAAACUCAUCACUAGUGCCUAAACCCACUUUGCUGUAUGCAUCUACUCCCAUUUCACUUCCACGCACAUAUCCAGGUGCAGGUGAGAUACUUGAGUUGUAUCUCACUUUACAUCCACCCUUAGACAGUUGGUAAGUGGUCCUGCACCCUGGCAUCAGGCUGGGGGAGAGAAGAGAAAGCAAAGACAGCCACUACCUGCGUACGCACCUGUCUGGCGAGGAUCUGACUAGAUGGUGUUAUGCUUCGGACAGACUUCACGGAGAUGAUGAGAGCCCUGGGAUACCCUCGACACAUCUCGAUGGAAAACUUCCGCACGCCCAACUUUGGACUUGUGUCUGAAGUGCUGCUCUGGCUUGUGAAAAGGUAUGAACCUCAGACUGACAUUCCUUCUGAUGUUGAGACUGAACAAGACCGAGUGUUCUUCAUUAAGGCGAUUGCCCAGUUCAUGGCCACCAAAGCACAUAUAAAACUCAAUACUAAGAAGCUUUACCAAGCAGAUGGGCAUGCAGUGAAAGAACUUCUGAAGAUCACGUCUGUCCUUUACCACGCUAUGAAGACCAAAGGGAUGCAGGGCUCUGACAUAGGAGAAGAAGAUGUCAGCAAGUUCAAGUUUGACCUUGGCUCCAAGAUUGCUGAUCUGAAAGCCGCCAGGCAGCUUGCUUCCGAGAUCACCUCCAGAGGAGCGUCCCUGUACGACUUGCUGGGCAAGGAGGUGGAGCUGAGGGAACUGAGAACAGAAGCCAUUGCCAGACCUCUGGAAAUAAACGAGACUGAAAAAGUGAUGAGAAUUGCAAUAAAAGAGAUUUUGGCGCAGGUUCAGAAGACCAAAGACCUGCUCAAUAACGUGGCCUCUGACGAAGCUAAUUUAGAAGCCAAAAUUGAGAAGAGAAAGCUAGAACUGGAAAGAAACCGGAAGCGGCUGCAGACUCUGCAGAGCGUCAGGCCAGCCUUUAUGGACGAGUACGAGAAGAUCGAGGAAGAACUCCAAAAACAGUACGACGUUUACCUGGAGAAGUUCCGAAACCUGGCCUACCUGGAGCAGCAGCUCGAGGACCAUCAUCGGAUGGAGCAGGAGAGGUUUGAGGAAGCAGAAAACACCCUCCGGCUGAUGCAGAACAAGCUGAAGGAGGAAGAAAAGCGACUGCUCAAGAGUGGAGGUAACGAGGACUCAGACAUAGACAUCCAGGAGGACGACGAGUCCGACAGCGAGCUGGAAGAGAGGCGGGGGCCAUCCAUGGAGGUGCUCAUGCAAGGAAGACCCGCCAAGCGCGUCGUGGGCACCAUGCAAGGUGGAGACUCGGAUGACGAAAUGGAAGCAGCGCCAGCUCUCUCAGGUAAAUGCAGGACUUCCGGCUCCAGGAGGAAGGAAGACUCAGAGGACAGUGAAAUCGACAUGGAAGAUGACGAGGAAGAUGACGAUGAUUUAGAAGACGAGAGCAUUGCUCUGUCACCGGCAAAGCCCAGCCACAGGGUCCGGAAACCCGAGCCCCUGGAUGAGAGUGACAAUGACUUCUGACCUCCUGGCCAAGAGUCCUGGGCGGAUGAAAACCCUGAGCAUCCGUGGAAUUUAAAUACGAAUCGAAUCGAAGCAAACUAGAUAUCUUAUUCUUUUUGCCUGUUUCUUUCCUAAAACUUGGGAAAUGAGUGUGUUCUUAGUGACACAUUCAUGGGACAGACACUCAGGGAGAAUGAGGUGACACCAUGCAAGUCCUGGCUGGCUUCCGCUGCUGCUCCCUCUAAGACAAGCAGACCUGGGGCUCCAGCCUGGCUUGGGAACUCAUUCGAGG